UAUAAGGAGCUUAGCGCAGAGGGCCACAGUGUGCCACUAAUGUAAUAGAGUAUCUCCCUCCCUCUCCCUCUCUCACAUUCUCAUCUGUCCUCUUUUCUCUUCGUGCAUUUGCUUACCCUGUCAUGGACUGACCUUCUCUCUCUCUCUGUCUUUCUUUUCUUUUCUCCUUGCCUGUUUUUUUCCUUUCCCCCUGCAUCUCCCUCCGUCUGCUGAUGUGGACGACGUAAAGCCCGAGGUUUAAACAUUAGAGGCAGAGACGACUCCGAGCAGAGAGGAGGACAAACAGGAGAGGUGCUGCUGUUUGACCGAUGGAGUCUUUCUCUGGAGACACAGAAGAAAGCACGGAGGACGUUCCAGGACGUAAGAAGUCCAAGCUCAGGUCUCUGAGAACUCGCCUCUUCAGGAAAAGCAAGAAAGCAGGUGUAGAGGAAAACACCAAACUCAGCCAGUCAACCAGCGACAUCACUGCUGCAAAGGGACUGGGAUCGGAUGAAGACUUGGUAUGCUCCCAGGCGAUGAUGGGGUCCCGGGCUCUGUCCCAUGACAGCAUCUUUCUGGCUGGUGAGGUUCUGACAGACGAUGAACCGACCAGAGGUUCAUCCCAGCAGAACGUUCACAGCAAGAUCAAAGCUCUGCAGACAAAGCUUCUGCAGCAGAAGUUGCAUUUUGGGCCUCCACCUGCAGUUCUGCCAGUCAAGCGUCAGGAGGACCCGAGCAUCCACUCAGAGGAAUCUCUGGACCACAGCCCUCCUGAUAGCCCAGGAGGAGAUGCCACAUCCUAUGGAGCCCUCACCAAGACAACAUCCCAGCCAGCCUCUUGUCCAUUCAGCCCCAUUCCCAGAUCUGUACCGACCAAAUCUCUGCCUCCAACUCCAUCCCAUUUCUUUCCUUCUUAUGGCCCCACUACUUCUGCUUCUGCUGCUGAGGCUCCGCUAGACUUCAGUACACCAGCACAGUUCUCUCCUUGCUUGGAUACUUCUGCUGCACGUCACCGGAUGUCGAUCAAACCCAGAAACCAGAGAGCCACCUCGAAGAAGAAACUCACUGUGACCCAGUCCCUGUCUCUUUCACACGCCCUAAACAACGUCGACAAUUUCAAAUCUGUGGAGGAACCAGAGCAGCAGCAUGGUGUUCCAGAGGAAGAACAAACUGUUUUACCUCAGCAUCUUCCUUUCAAAUCUGCAGAAAUAGCACCAGUUCUAUCACAAGUGGCACCAGUUCCAUCACAAGUGGCACCAGUUCUAUCAGAGGUGGCACCAGUUCUAUCAGAGGUGGCACCAGUUCCAUCAAAAGUGGCACCAGUUCCAUCAAAAGUGGCACCAGUUCCUUCACAAGUGGCACCAGUUUUCUCAGAAGUGGCACCAGUUCCAUCACAAGUGGCACCAGUUCCAUCAAAAAUGGCACCAGUUCCAUCUCAAGUGGCACCAGUUCUCUCACAAGUGGCACCAGUUCCAUCUCAAGUGGCACCAGUUCCAUCAAAAGUGGCACCAGUUCCAUCAAAAGUGCCACCAGUUCCAUCACAAGUGGCACCAGUUUUCUCAGAAGUGGCACCAGUUCCAUCAAAAGUGGCACCAGUUCCUUCACAAGUGGCACCAGUUCCAUCACAAGUGGCACCAGUUCCAUCAAAAGUGGCACCAGUUCCAUCACAAGUGGCACCAGUCAUAUCAGAGGCAGCACCCAAACCACCCAGCCCAAGUCUUCCCCAGCAGGACCACGCUCUACCGUGGACAACGGCCUCUGCGCUUCGGGUCAAACCUUACAGGCGUGUAGAUGCUACUUCCAGCAGACGGCCACACUCAUCCUACAUAGAGUCGGAACUGAUGGAAAGAAGAGAGGCGGAUUUUGAAAUACAAUUAAUGUCCCACGACAAGAGAAGUGCUCUAAACAAAGCUGGAGUGGUUGAAGUUCCCCCGGAGCCACCCUCCUCUAACUUCAGCCUGGUGGCUGCCUUCAGGUCUACCUCUCUUCGUCAACAUGUUCAAGUUGAGGGCGACAGCACUAGAGCAAUAAGGAGACCUGCCCCCGGAUCUGGCUCCUUCCAUUUGUCCAUCACCACUGCCAGAAACCGAGACGGAGAAAGACCCCGAUCAGGCAGUUGUGCAGAAGUAUUGGACCAGACUGAAGCCAAGAAUAAGCCAAUCGGGGGAAAUGAGGACAAGGAAAACAGAGGCUUACAGCCCAGAGGAGACCCCUUUGGAGUGGGACGGCUUCGGCAAGAAGAUCCCAAAGGCCCGGUCCUUCCAUGGGACAAAAGGGAGAGCCUCAAAAAGGUAGAAUUAGCAACACAAUCUAAAAGUGGACCUACAAAUGCAGGUGUUGUAGAGGCAGAGGAAGUGGAGAGCAGCCAGGAGGAGGUGGAAGAGGCAGUGGAGGCAAAGGAGAUCCAGGAGGAGGAUGGAAAGAUGGCAUUUGGCAUCAAACUGCGCUCCACAUCUCAGUCGUUUAGACUGCGCCCUAAUUCCACUUCCACCCACGAUCCAAAGACUGUACUGUGUGAGGACCCAAGGAACAAACAAAAUCAACAGGAAAUAAGAGGCCCUGCCAUCUACACGUCUGAAAAACUGCCAUCCAACACAUCUUUUACACCAACCAACCUUGGAGAAUCCAGACCAAGAGAUCCAACCCCGUCUGGCCUCUCCCCUCCGGUGAAGCACAGCGCUCCGUUUACCACCGAUCCUCCCAUCAUGCCUGCAGAAGUCCCAGUGACCACUUCAGACCCCAGAGAAGCAGAAACUGCCCCCCAGGAGCCCCAGCCUGCCCCCCAAACAGCCACAUCCGAAGUGUCCUGGAUGAGUCUGGCGAUGGAAAAGACCAGGAGCCUCCAGCAGCUCUUUACCAGUCGAUUCCCCAGAGAUUUUACGGGCAUGCAAACUGCAUCUCGACCACAAGCACAAGCCCCGCCAGCAAAUCCAACGGAGACAUCGGCACAAAUACAAACUGUAAAGAUACAGGAAGGUUCAACACAGCUGGAGGCUGCAAACCAGCCGUCAGCAGAAGCAGCUUUAAGUAGAAGUCAAGCACAGACUGUCAGAUCACCACCAGUGGAAGCGCAACAGAAGGUGACUCCUGUGGCCUUUAAAGAACCACAAAAACAAACCAAUCAAGAACAUCCAAAUACAUCUCAGUCACAUCCGGUGUUUUACCCGCAGGCCACCUCAUGGACAACCCCAUCUCCAGUGCACGUCCCUUUGCAGACAGAGCCCACUCCUCAGUUCACUUCACAGCCAUCUCUUGCACAAUCUUACCUUUCUUCAGGCCAGCAGCAACUCUCCUGGAGCAGCCGAGGUCCUGCCACCCAGCUCAGAUCCACAGCUGAAACCCUGACGCCGGCUGUCACAUCGCCUGCAGCUCCUCCUUCGGUUGAUAGUUUGGGAACAGGAGAAGAGGACCCCACCGGGAAAAAUGAGGCUCCAUCGCUUUCUGUCAGACGAGCAGUUUGGAGCGGUUCAAUCAGCGACCGGGCGGUGUUUUUAGAGAAACGAGCAGAGUGGACCCCGUCGCCUGGACCCAAGGGGGUGGAAUUAAGGAAACCUCAGACAGAUGUGCAGACAUCAGGUGAAGCCACCACCUUGGUAAAAGCCACAUCUCUAAGCAAAGAUGCAGUUGCAGAGGGAAGACAAGGGGUGAAACUUGCAGAGUCAAGUCCCGCCAAAGUUCUAGAAAGGCCUCUGGAGGAAAAAUGGCCACGGAAAAAUGUGGUGGCAUCUUCCCUGCGGUCGUCGCCCCCCACACUGCCAUCGGGGCUGCAGUCCAUGUCAGACAGCAGCCAGCCGUCCUGGAUGGAACUGGCCAAGAGGAAGUCCAUGGCCUGGAGUGAUAAGACCAUGGACUGAGAGAGGAAGCAAGAAUGUGAACAGCCCUGCACACAAACACAACCUUCAUCAAGGUGCUGAGUGUUUGCUGAGGCUGCUGAUUCAAUUCUGUGGUCAUUUUUGAGGCUGUUUGUAUUUAAUUGUAAAAAAAAAAACAAAACUGUUAAUGUUUUAUUAAGAGACAGAAAACCAGAGAGACAGUACGUAAUGAAUGUUAUCUACCAUAACCACUUUAAGACGAGGGUUGUUUGAGAAUAAUGUCUCAUGUGAUUCAGCAUUUCACUGCACUUAAAAGUUUAUGUCAAUGAAUAAAAUUUCUAUUGUUGAGUUUA